UCACAUAACAGCUUCCAUCAUUAUUAUGUGCAUUUGAUUUAAAUAAAAUUUUUACAAAAACUUAACAUACUAUGCGCCCCGUUUUCGUUUACAAAAAAUAUUCACAAUAUUUUAAAAAUGUGAAGAGAAUUGCUUGGUAUAUAUAUUACACAUUCUAAUACAACAUCAAAUUUCCUAAAACAAGUUGCAAUGUGUACAAACAGCGUACUCUUGAGAAACCUCGAAUAUUACAUAGACGAACUGGUGGACUGUUUCCAAGAGUUCGUGAAGAGGUCUAUAAUAGUACUGACUGUGGCGUUAGGAACCAUCAUCUUGUUGGUCAUGUAUGUGAUCAAGGUGCUGUCUGAGCGAUCUCCUGGCCCACAGAUGGUAACAUGCCACCCAGGAGAAAGUAACGUAUGCUGCCUCGAUGACGUCGAUGGCACUAUUUGCACAGGUCUCGCGGAGGACUCUGACACUGAAUCAGAGGAGGAAGGAAUCCCAGAGGAAACGUCAUCUGAAGAAGAGGAACCUGUCAAAGUAAAAAAACCCAAGAAAGUCAAAGAAGAGAAAGUCGAAGAGAAAGUUGUAUAUAAAGUCGAAGAUAAAGUCGUAUAUAAUGUCGAAGAACCAGUCGAAGAAGUAUAUGACGUUGAAGACGAAUUAGAAGACAUUGAAGAUGUGCUCGAAGAUAUGCCAAUAGUUGAAGAUAUACCUAAACCUAAAGACAAACCUAUACCUGCUUUUGAACCAAAGCCAGAACCUAAAGAGGACAUUAAGGAAAUAGAACCUGACCAGCAGGUAUUGAUAUCGCAACCGAGUUUCGAUGAAGCAGUUCUGAGGGAAAUUGGAUUUUCUUGCUGUGCCAAGCCCUGCAUUGUUACACUAGAAGCUGGCUGUAAGAUCAAGAAACUUGCGGUGUGCCCAGCUGAUCCACCAUGCAAUAACCCAUGCAAACCGAAACCAGUGUGUUCACCUGCGCCAUGUGAUCCGAACCCGUGCCCAGCCAAACCGAAACCUUCAGUGUGCGGACCAGGACCACCAUGUAAUCCAACCCCAUGCUCGGGCAAACUGCCGAAACCUACAGUGUGCUCAAUUGAACCACCAUGCCCAGCCAAUCCGAAAACUUCAGUGUGCUCAACUGGACCACCAUGUAAUCCAAACCCAUGCAAACUGAAACGUUCGUGCCCAAAUGCCGCAUGCAAUAACUCGUGCGUGACCAGGCCGAAACAUACCGUAUGCCCAAAUGAUCCACCUUGCAGUAACCCAUGCAUGCACCCAUGCAUGGCCAAAUCAAAAGAUAAGAUGUGCCCAAAUAAUCCACCCUGCAGUAACUGCAGUAACGUAUGCAAUCAAUCAUGCAACCCAUGCCUUUCCAAACAUCUGUCCACUCGCCGUCCUUGCACAAAGUUCAUAUCAAACCGCAACUCCUGCUGCUCAAUGUGCUGCUUAGACGAGCCACAGUGGAUGAUAGACAAAACCAACAACACUUGAAGAAACGGCCCAAAUUCAACCUUAAAUUAUAACACUUAAAGAACAAAACGCAUUGAUAUCAACGACAGCGAAAUUUUCGUAAAAAUAUAUAAAACGUCUUGACUCGUUUGUAUUUGUUCUUUUAUGAGUUUUUUAUAUAUUAUGCUAUAUUCUUUGAGAACAUAACGUGCGCAUAGAAUGUUGUUAGUUAGGUUAUAUCAUAAUAUUGUAGUGUAUUUUUGUCUUGUUAUUAAUUUAGUAGUUUAUAGAACAAUGUUCGUAUUAGUGAACGUCAAAAUAAAAAAGU